AUGGCGUCUCAUAAACUACAACGUCGGAUUCAAGCGCUGAAGAACAUUCAAUAUGAGUAUUUCGAAAUUCAACGCCAAAUCGAUGAUAAACUGGAUGAAAUAAAAAUUCAAUUUGAACCAGCGAUCGGAAAUUUGAAUAAAAGACGACACAGUAUUAUUGGUAGUUCCCACGAACCCGAUGAUGAGGAAUAUAUAGCGAUCGAUGGCGGAGAAGAAACUACCAAAACAAUUAUGAGGAAUUUAGAAUGUGAUGUAGAAGGUGAACUUGAAGGUGUUCCUAAUUUUUGGUUAACUGUGUUACAAAAUAAUAAUACAACGAAAAGAAUGAUUCGUAAAAGAGACGUACCGAUACUUAAAUUCCCUGUGGAAAAGGUCUUAUAA